AGUUCAGAAGGGUACCAAUGAUUUUCCAACUAUAAAUAGUCAGGAUUAAAGCUCCGAAAUGCAUUCCAGUUCAGAUAGUCAAAGUGUAGCUAAGCUUCAGCAGCAAAACUAAAACCUCACAUCAAAAUGUUCAAGCUCUUGGUCCUGCCACUGUUCUUCGCCGCCGUCUCGGCUGCCUACCUCGGAGCUCCUCUGGCCUACGGUGCCCCAGCCUACGCUGCUCCCUACGCUGCUCCCUACGCAGCUCCUUAUGCUGCCCCAUACGCCGCUGCUGCCUACCACGCUCCCCUGGCUUACCAUUCCCCAGUCGUGAAGACCGUUGCUGCCCCUCUGGCCUACCAUGCUCCAGUCGUUAAGGCUGUUGCCCCAUUGGCCACCUCCUACGCUAACACCUACAAGGUCUCUGUGAAGGCUCCAGUUGCUUACGCUGCCCCAGCCUAUGCUGCCCAUGCUUAUGCUGCUCCAGUCGUUGCCCACGCUCCAGCUGUCGUUGCUGCCCCAGCCUACCACGCCCCUCUGGCCUACGCUCACGGAUAUCUGCACUAAGUGAUGCGACGUUCUUCUGAGGUCAAUUUUCCGACACCACCACCACCCCACCCGUCAUCAACAAUCAACACCAACACCACUUACUCAAACUAGCAGAUUCAUGCAUGCGCCGAAGUCUCACCCGAUGAACGCACAGCCAAACGCAUUCCUAGACAAUCACAAACAAGCUUUUGGAUCUGUCCAAAACGGGGCUCCAACGGGGCUACCGGCAGCUGAGAUUUUAGAAGGUUUUUUUUUAAUUAAGUCAUCAUCGAUCAUCGAAUAGCAGUGUGCGGGAACCAGCAUCUCAAAACGAGAACAAAAUGAGUCUAAUUGUGUACAUAUGAUGUAUAGUUUUUGUAUUUAUUUGUGAAGAAAACUACAAAAAAUAAAAAAGAGACAGAAAUCAA